AUGAACCCCACUGAGCUCAGACAGCGUAGAUCCGCUCCCUCCGCCCCCUCUGCUGCUUCUUCUGAGCGCCUUCUGCAGCGGAGGCCUAGAUCUGCAGUCAAACCAGAGUGGAAUGACCUCCAACAGGAUCAUUCCAAGUACAGACUUACAGAGGAUGAAAUUCGGCGCAGGAGGGAGUCUCGGGCUCCAAGACCUCUUACUUCUCAGCCACUGCUCGGAGACAGGCAUAUAACGGAGACCAGGCGUCCGUCCAGUGCUUCUAAACAGGACCGAAAGGCUAGCAGUGCAUCUGGUGGCAGUGGAACACAGGUAUCACAGAUGCUUCAUGCAUCGCAGAGCUCACCUCAGAAAGCUCAAAACUUGAUGGAAUAUCUUAUUGAUGACGUAGAAGGGUCUCUCACCUUAAGAGACACCGGAAAGGCCUCUGCUGCACCCAGAUCUCCCGUUCUCAAUAGCGAGGAUUACAUAACUAGCGACACUAGUAAGGCUAGAAGAUCUCCUUAUAAACAGGCAAGCGAUCCUUGCGGUCACCUUGCAGUGCUUCAAGCCGUGCUCCAAAAGCUCAAUCAUCUUACCGACAGGGUUGAUCAAUUAACAGAAAGGCAGACGUCUAUCGAGGAGGAGCUUCGAAUGGCCCUGGAGGAGAAUUUAGAACUCAAGCGAGAGGUGGAGCUGCUACGUCGUGAUGUGAGGCAUCAGCAGGAGAUAAGUACAGGCCAAGAAUACGUUUCUAUGGAAGAGGUUCUGGAGCGACUUAAGUUGGUGUAG